UACCAAAUCGACCACUUUCACGCCCGUCUGCCCGAUAUAUAUUCAGUUAUAUAUCUUCUCCACUUAUCUACUCAAGUUAAACAUUUCACUAUCGUUUAACAGCAGUCCCCAAUCUUAGCCUCCUUCCCUGUCAUUAUAUCAUAUAUGGACUCCCAUUACUAAACAGGUUAUAACGGAAGUCGUUUUUUUUCAAGUCUUUUUUUAUCAAUCUUUUUGUUGUUAAACUGUUUUUGUUCAUUGAUAAGACUUAAGAUUCAUCAAAACUCGAAUUUUUUUCCUUUCCUGUUAUUAUCCUCUUCUCCCAGAUCCACGUUAUAACGGUCCCGUUACGAAAGAAAAAAAUCUAUCAAUUCCUUUAGAAUAAUAUGGCAUUAGCUGAUAGAAGACCUUUAGGUAUUCCUGUAUCUGCCAUCCCCGCCUCCCCUUCAUUUAAUCCCAAGACUCUCAGCGUGAGUCCCUCCAUAACAUCCCCACCCGAAGACAAGAAUUACGAUGAUGCCAUCAAUCCUUUGACUCCUGAAAAAAGCUUGAGUCCUGGAGAGCUUUCUCCUACUUCCAGGAGCAUCUCGCCAGACUCGUUAAUGAAUAAUGAACUUUCUUCGCAACUCUUGAAAAAGUCUUAUUCUCGUGGUUCCACUCCCCCCACAUCGUCCUCCACGCCUCCAUCCACCCAGAACAUCACCAAAAAACCAAAAAACACAUCCAGAGCUCCCAUUGCAACCGGAAUUUCUACCACCAUCCCUGUGACCGGCGAAAAGCCCAGACCCGAACAGAAAAACGAUCCUUCACUCGAAGAUGACGUCUUGUAUGCCAUUUUUGUCAUCUUGUACGAAAAGGACCCUCUGGGCAGCGGAAUGACUGUCAAGCAGAUCUGCGACAUCUUGGUGGAGCAGCACCCCGAGAUGGCCAAUUUGUCCACCAAGACCUCCAACCUCGUCAGCGCAAAGUUGAACGCAUAUGUCAAGCGUGUGGAAAAAGGCGAAAACAACUUGAAAUAUGCCUUAUCCAGAGACUGGGCCGACGCUUCUCCCAAGAGAAUGGUGUAUGUCUACCGUGGCUUGUUGGCUGACGACUUCCAAGCCCAUGUCAAGAAGUUACAGGAAAUGCAAAAGCAAGACCAGUCCAGCAGAGACGACUUCUCGCAAUCGCCAAAGUCUGGCCUUUCCCAGGGCCCCAGGCCUCAGGUCAACGCUGAACUCAACUUGGAAGAUCCCUUGGAGGCAGGCAAGCAGGCCACCUUGGCCAAACCAAGAAGACAGACCAUGUUUGAUUUGGGCAUCACCAAGAACACGUUCUUGGAGGCUCCUAUCGACAAGUCCAACUUGUUUGUGCCUUACAACUCGGCCCCAGUCACUGCGUCGUUGACAGAAUCGAACUCAACCAACGAGAGCAACGACAGCAAGUCCCAUGAGCUGGACUUGGAGCUCGAGGACUUCGAGGUGUUCAACGACGACGACGAUGACGACGACCUUGUGUCUGGAGCCGGAGAUUUGUACAUCGACUCCAUCAAGAAGAACGGCAAAAGAUCCAAGUCUUUGUCGUACCUCUCGUUGAACAAGAAGUGCAAGAUUAUGACUGCUGCUGCUGCUGCUCCAAGAGCCUCCCGUGCCCCAAGCUCUCACAGUCCUAAUGCUGCUGCUGCUGCUGCUGCUUUGCAUGCGGCUGCUUUAAAGGCAAUCUCCAACCCUUCAUCGUCCGUCAGCUCUCCAAACUCCCUCAAAUCAUCCUGUAACAAAAAAUGGUUGAACGUGAUCAGAUCCGGGUUUUUAUCUCAAGAUAUUGGUGCUCCUGAGGAUAUCAGUUUGUCCGAUUUGGAUAAGUUUUUUGCAUAGUUUAUCGAGAAUUGAUUGAAUGAAUUCUGCACAUCCAGUUUCCAUUCGAAUAAUUCUUUGCUGCUUGUCCCCUUAGACUUCUGGUAUUUGGUUUCCACGAGUUUGCCCUUUUUCGUUGUUGUUGAUAUUUUUGUCCUCCUGUUGUAUCAUUUCUUCUAUUUGGGUCUUUUAACACAAUAAUUGAUUGGGUUGUAUUAUGGUUACUUUGUUAUUAUUUCCUUACCUCACUUGAGGUCAUCUCUAUUUCUCUGACUUCUUCAUCUGUAAAAUAUUGUGAUUAUGACUGGUAUAGCUAGUUUGAUGACUGUAUAAAAAAAUUUUGGCGUUCACCUCUGAUCUCUACUUCUAAUAUAAUGAUAACCAUAAUGA